GGGCGCCCCGCACUAAUAUGGCCGCUACCUCCCAGUGAACCCUGCAGCCGCGAGCCGGCCGUUGCUGGUCAUGCUCCCUGAGUGCCCCGCACCGACAUGGCGGUCGUCUUCGCUGGGGUGACUGUAAUUCUCGGUUUUCGGUUAUAGCCGGCUGGUGCCAUUUCUCUUCAGAAAGCUCUGAGCUCCGGGAAAGGAAGGGUGGGUGUGGAGGUGAAAAGGGAGGUCCAGCUCCUGACGGGAGGAAGAUGGCUGAAGGCGAGCGGCAGUCGCCGCCAGAUUCUUCGGAGGAUAUCCCUCCAGCUGCUCAGAACUUCAUCAUUCCAAAAAAGGAGAUCCACACGGUUCCCGACAUGGGCAAAUGGAAGCGCUCGCAGGCAUACGCCGACUACAUCGGAUUCAUCCUCACCCUCAACGAAGGUGUGAAGGGGAAGAAGCUGACCUUCGAGUACAAAGUCUCUGAGGCCAUUGAGAAACUGGUUGCUCUUCUCAACACGCUGGACAGGUGGAUUGAUGAGACUCCUCCAGUGGACCAGCCCUCUCGAUUUGGGAACAAGGCCUACAGGACCUGGUAUGCCAAACUUGAUGAGGAAGCAGAAAACUUGGUGGCCACAGUGGUCCCCACCCAUCUGGCAGCUGCUGUGCCUGAGGUGGCUGUUUACCUAAAGGAGUCAGUGGGGAACUCCACGCGCAUCGACUAUGGCACAGGACAUGAAGCAGCCUUUGCUGCUUUCCUCUGCUGUCUCUGCAAGAUUGGGGUGCUCCGGGUGGAUGACCAAAUAGCUAUUGUCUUUAAGGUGUUCAAUCGGUACCUUGAGGUGAUGCGAAAACUCCAGAAAACAUACAGGAUGGAGCCAGCGGGCAGCCAGGGAGUAUGGGGCCUGGACGACUUCCAGUUUCUGCCCUUCAUAUGGGGCAGUUCGCAGCUGAUAGAUCACCCGUAUCUGGAGCCCAGGCACUUUGUGGAUGAGAAGGCCGUGAAUGAAAAUCACAAGGACUACAUGUUCCUGGAGUGCAUCCUGUUUAUCACCGAGAUGAAGACGGGUCCCUUUGCAGAGCACUCCAACCAGCUGUGGAACAUCAGUGCUGUGCCCUCCUGGUCCAAAGUGAACCAGGGUCUCAUCCGCAUGUACAAGGCCGAGUGCCUGGAGAAGUUUCCCGUGAUCCAGCACUUCAAGUUCGGGAGCCUGCUGCCCAUCCAUCCUGUCACUUCGUGCUAGGAGGGGCUGAGCAGCCAGCGUCCAGGCUGCAGUUCCUGUGCCUGCCCUUCCCGACCCCAGCUGCGCCCCCCCCCGCCCCCUCCCUCUGUUCUUUCUGUUUGAUGAGAGGCUGUUUACUGGGGUGGGUGGUGAGCGCAGGGUUGAGGAAGGUUCGGGGCGUACGGCUGAAGGACCCACGUUGGGAGAAGUGACCAAAGUAUGGCCAGUGUCCUGACUUCUCCUGUGGGGGACAGGCGACAAGAGGGGCUGGGACCGUGGGGAGACCCGGGCUGUCCUGCCUCACUGUGGGGAGAGGGAGGUGUUUUGCUGCUUCGUUGCUUUCCCUUCCCAUGUCCUGUUGCCUCUCUCGGGGUUGGAGCAUUUGCUCCCCACAGGGCGGGUCAGUUUCCCAAGCCAUGUUUGGGUGGGCGUCUGGGUGUCCUGAGGGCUGGAGGCUGAGGCUGGCGGCCAAGCUGGGGUGGGGUGGGGCAGGGGAAGCGCUGGCUCCUUGGCCGGUGACUCUCCCAGCUCCUCCUCACGGCUGCCCCUGCCUGCGGGCACCUGUGUCCAGUGCUUCAUCCUGCUUUUCUGUCCGUGGGCCUUUGGCCUGGCUGCCAUAGGCACACCUGUCCUCUCCCCAGAGCAGCCCUUGGGGUGGGCGCUGGGCUCCUGGGAGGGGCCCUGCAGGGCUUGCUCGGGGCUGAUUGGGUGAGGCCUGCCUUCCCAAAGCACACUGGCUGGGAAGGGUGGGGCUUGGGCCAGUGUGGUCGGUGAGAACCUGGAUUCCUCUCGGUACAUUCUUAUGGCCACUUCUGUUGCCUCCUCACUGCUGCUUGCUUCUCCAAGGCCCUUGGCCUCCCACCUCCCUGAAUUCGCCUGUUGGCCUUCCAGGAUGAGCUAGUGAUAAUCCCCCGAGCUGGACUUUGGCUCUGAGUAGGGGCAGGGGCUGGGCUGGGCAGGCCCACCCAAGGGGUUAGGGGGCUGGUAGCAGCAUGCCAGUUCCAGAGUUCUAGGGCUGCUCCCAGGCCUGGCUCUUGCAGACCCUCCCCUACCCAAGCCCAGGCCUGCUCUUCUAUCUGCUCCGUGUCUGGGUCCACGUAACCAGUGGGAAUCUGGGCUGAUGGCCUGGGCAGAAGCUGGGACGAGUCACAGAGAUAGUUUUCCAAGGAGAGGUUCAGUGCCUGCCUCUCUCCUGGGGUCUAGAUCAGCGCCUUCCUGCCCCCCUUCCUGUGCCCCCACGGCCCCGAGCCCCAUGCGCCUUCAUUGCUGUUUGGAUUAAAGCCUCUGUUUUGCACCCAU